UAAAACUCUAUAACUCUGUCACAAUAAAACUAGUUAUGUGAUUGUACUUAAUGAUUAAAAUAUUCAUUAAAUUAACUUCCUUAUGAAUUAUAGUAAAUGUUAAUAAUAAAUAACAUGAAAUUCUCUACUAAUUCAAUAAAAUCUUGCGCUGCCCGUAUUGGGACGUUAACAGAAUUUGAAAGAAUUCCUAAUACCACUUUUGAAACUCCUCUUGCUCUUAUUCAUACAAAGGGAGGUUGUGUGCCGCAUUUAACUAAGGAUGUUUUUAAAAUGGUUACUUCAGAACCACAAAUGUUAUCUGUUUCUCUUUCUUCCACGUAUUUAAUGCUGGAAUCAAUGAAGCAUAAUAAUGUUAAUUUUGCAAAUUUUGUGGGUAUGAAGGAGUACAUUAAUUUUGUUACGAUACAUGACCCAGCCUGUACAACGCCUUCAGGUUUCCGAGAAGCUAAUUCUAUCCCUUUAUGGACAAGAAGUGGAAAAUUUCCAUUAACACCCAAUAUGUAUAUGGAUGCUAUUGAGACAUUUAAACCAGACAUGUAUGUUGCUUUGUGUGAUGGAGAUACUAAUAUCAAUAGUAGUAAAAAAAGAGUAUCAAAUUCUAUACAAAAUAGCAUGAAAUUCUUUGAUCAAUGUUUUACUAAACAUUCUUCAUCUGAAGCAUUGAAGUCUUCUGAAAUAUUAGGUGCAAUUGAAGGCGGUUAUGAUAAAGAUGCCAGAACAAUAUCAAUAAAUUAUUUAAAAAAUAAACCUGUAAUAGGAUAUGUUAUUGAUGGAUUGCAUAAUAAUGGACCAAAUGUAAAGAAUAUAUCAUCAGAACAAAUCAAAGAAAUAGUACAACACACAAUUAAUCUUUUACCUCCUGAAAAGCUUAAGGUAUCAAUGGGAUGUUGGAAUCCCCUUAUAGUAUUAGACCUUGUUGAAUUAGGUAUAGAUAUAUUUGAUACUUCCUACCCUUAUAUAAUUACUGAAGAUUUAAGAGCUUUAACUUUCCUAUGUGAUCAUGAUGACUGUAAUAAUGUAGGUCAUACAAUAUCAUUUACAGAAGAAAGCAGAUAUGCGGAUGACUUUUCUCCAAUAUGUUCUCAUUGUGAAUGUCUAACAUGUAAAAAUCAUACCAAAGCAUAUCUGCAUCAUCUGUGUAAUGUUAAGGAAAUGCUUGGCACUGUUCUUUUAAUGAUACACAAUGUACAUCAAUAUCUUGAAUUUUUUAAGAUUAUUCGAGAGAGCAUAAAAUGUGGCGUUCUUGAUGAUUGCAAAAAGAAAAUUAAUUUAAAAUUUAAGCAAGACAAUGUCAUUCAAGCAGAUGAACCUACAGAUAUAAAAGAAACUAAAUCUUCUAGUUCAUAACACAGCUUUAAAAAAGUAUUAAUAUUUAAUGAUGAAAUAUUUUUACAUUCUAGUUUUAUAAAACUAUGAUAUAAUUCUUAUUAGUAUAGAUUUGAUGAAAUAAUAAUUAUUCAGGUAAAAAAUUCGGAUCUAAAUAAUUAUAAGAAGAGUUACUGAAACUUUGUGGAAAAUAAUCUAAAUCAUAACUUCUAGUAUACAGAGGUGGUUUUAUAGGGAGUAGUCUAUGUAACGUGUCAUGUAAUGGUUUCUCAGCCUCUAAUUGCGCUAUAGCGCAAUCACCACAUAAAUCAAUUCCAUCUUGGCAUUCUGUGCAAUGCCAUCUUGUACCUGUUAGAGGAUCUUCUCCACAAACUGAACACUGUAAAAAUAAACCAUUAAGCUUUAAA